CUUCGUCCAAAACUAUACAAUACAUCAAUUCUACGUUAUGUCUCUGUCUCAUCCCCUUGAGUUUCAUUGCCCGGGGUGGCAUGACGAGGGUCGAACGCCCGUCGUGGACGGCAAGUAUUACGAUCGCGCGACUGGCGAGGUGCGGCUCGCGGCCGACGGCGACCACCAGGAAUAUAUAGGGCCUCCCGCCGUCGACAUCAUCGUCCGCAGCCAGCAUAUUGACACUGUUCAAUGCGCCUACCGCGCAUCUCGGCCUUUCCCUAUGGAGACUCUUCUCUGCCAUAUCAUGAAAGUAGUCAAGGAGAGGACACUUGAGCUAGAUUCGGUCAUAGCGACGCCCUUUGCGAUUCGGAUUAUCCUGUCGCAUGAGCUGACGCCGGACCAGUUCAGCGAAAUUGCGCUAGACAUGGCAAAUGGGGUGUGGGACGAUGCGGAUUGUCGAACGAGAGAUUGAUGGACCAGAAGCACAGAGGCUCUGCGGGUCCCUAGAAAAGGAGGCCGCGUAGAAAGACCCAUCAUCAUAAGGCAUGGAAAUGCAAUUUUCGCUCUCCCAAGUGUUGGGCGUUCCGGAUACAAGACUGUCGUAUUGUCUAUGAUAGUUGGCGCAACGACAUGGAGUUUUGUCAGGCAGCCCCGUCUCUUUGUCGGAGUUGCAAAAGACCAGCUGUCCUGUACACGCCAACUAGCCGACAUUGCCAGACAUUUCAAGGUUGAAACGAUCAAGGAGACGCAGCAGUGAAAAUGAUUCCCAUGCGACUAGCCCAACUAUGUUAGACUGGCAACAAACAUUGAGCGUAGAUUGGGCUAUAUGCCGUGCAAACGCCCUGUUCACAUUCAGUCGGGCCAGUCCAUCCUAAACCUCCACACUGACCAUAGAGCGGAGCUUUAGGAACAGUGGCAGUUGUCGAAGGUAGCUCUUGAGAUGUUGUUGAACU